UGUCGAGCUACGCGCUGGUGUAGGUCAGUAAAAGCCGGCUGCUCCUUCAUUAGGCGUCAGCCAAGAAGACGGAAUUCCUCUUUCCCCGAGGCUACAGGUAUGGGCAGCCCUAGGUCGCAGCCAGGUAGGUACCCACCUAUCUUGAUGUUGAACCCAGGCCAUUUGCACUUGUUUCCUCGCCGAUGGUCCAGUGAUAUCGUACGCCCAACGGAUUUUUGUUCGACAUCGCAUCUUCUCAUUUUCGUCGGUGAACAUUUAGGUUGGUGAACGGGAAAUGAAGUUGAAAUUGGCUCCGGGUGUCCUCUGGUUAAUUGCCGGGUUGGCAAUAAUAGAAGUGGCCUCAGCGGCGAAUAUUCUAUUCUUAUCGCCGUUCACCUCGUACAGCCAUACGCACGUCUUCUUCUACAGCAUUAAAGCCUUGGCUAGCCGUGGGCAUACCAUAACUCAUUGGAACGGUUUGAAGCCAAGGGAAGAUAUAGCCAAUGUAACUCACCUGCAUUCGGCCUCGCUGCAGAAAAUGAACAGCCGACACGAAAUCGGUUUCAACAGCAACAAUCCCAUCGCCCUGAUGCUGACGCUGCCGGAUCGGCUGUCCAACGUCUGCAAAGCUGUUUACAGAGAGCCGGUGUUUCAUCAACUGAUUGCCAGCCGAGAGCAUUUUGAUUUGAUCGUUAUCGAAGCUUUCAUGAACGACUGUAUGCUGCCGCUGGUGCAACACUUCCAGGCCCCUUUCAUCUACCUGAGCGCUCUGCCUCCGCUGCCGUGGAUGUUGGACUACACCUGCUCCCCCUUGUCCUUCCAACAGUUUCCCGCUCUCUGCACGGAUUUCACCGAAGAAAUGAACUUGCCGCAGCGCAUCGUCAACGUUUUCCUCAACGUCAUGGUCAUCUACUACCGGAAUUGGUUCAUUCUGCCGAGAGUGGAUCAGGUGGCGGCGGAAGCCUGGAUCAAUUCCACAGUUCCACUUUCACCCGUCAAGGAGAUCGAGAGAAAUCUGAGUCUCUUAAUCACCAAUACGCAUCCCGUCAUUAAUUACCAGUACUUUAAAUCUGCGCUGAUUGUCGAAGCCGGUGGUCUCCAUUUGGUUCCGCCCAGACCUUUACCACAGGAAGUGGAGAGUUUCGUCAACGGGUCAAGCGACGCUGGAUUUAUUGUCCUGAGUUUCGGCUCUAUCCUCCGAGGAGCCAGCAUGCCGGAGGCGACGCGCAGAAUAUUCGUUUCCGCAUUUAGUCGCCUGCCUUUCCGCGUCCUGUGGAAGUGGGAAGACGAGUCGGGCAUGACAGAUCUCCCGCCGAAUGUGAAGCUCUCCACAUGGCUUCCGCCGCUCCAGGACCUACUGGCUCAUCCGAAAAUGCGGUUGCUAAUGACGCACGGUGGGCUGUACAGCAAUCAAGAGACGGUCUGGAACGGUGUGCCUUUGAUCGGGUUUCCUGUUUUCGGAGACCAAGUGAAUUACGUCAUUAAGGCUGAAAGAGACGGAUACGCCAUCUAUUUGAAUUGGAUUACCCUGACGGAAGACAUUCUUUUUAACGCCAUCACAGAAAUAGUGAACAAUCCAAAGUACAAAGAAAAUGCCCAAAAGCUCUCUAAUCUAAUGCACGACCAAAUUGACCUGGACCGGCCCCUGGAACGAGCCGUUCAUGCCAUAGAGUACGUCAUCCGCCACAGGGGAGCUCCUCAUCUGCGACCGGCCGCUUGUAGGUUGUCUCCUAUCGAACGGGAAUCGAUAGAUGUGACUUUUAUCUACACGGCUGUACUAUUCACGCUCAUUUAUCUCAUUGUCUGUUUCGUCCGUUUUGCCUUUCGGAAAUUCUCCCCCCAUGUCGUCAAAGUGGACACGGUCAAGAAAAGCCAAUAGAAAAACAACUCUUGCAUCUUGAACUAGCUCAGCUUUUUAACAAUCAACUCAUUUGGUUCUCAAACCAAGUUUUGGGCCAUUUACUUCAAUAUAUCAAACCGAUAGAAACAUUUUUUUUUUUUAA